UCGUUCCAUCGCUACCGGACCAGAACAUUCCAAAUUUUGAAGGACAGGAGGAUGACCGCAGGGCGGUUGAGAGGUUGUUGAGAGGACAACGGAAUUCGCGCGGCUCGACUGACUGAUUGAGCUGUUUAGGGCAAUUGGUGAGUUGCGCAUCGUAGAAGAGGACUAAGAAAGCGGAGGAGAUGGCGGCAGCGGGGAGCCACGAUCAGCCGACACUCUCACGGCGAGCCUCUCGCAGCGCCGCCAUUACCGUGUUUUCCAUGGAGGUGUUCGACAAGGAGGUAGUCCCUUCCUCCCUGCAGUCCAUCGCCCCCAUUCUCCGCGUCGCCAGCGAGAUAGAGAACGAGCGUCCUCGCGUUGCAUACCUCUGUCGGUUUUACGCAUUUGAGAAGGCACAUAGGUUGGAUCCUAAUUCCAGCGGCCGUGGUGUGCGGCAGUUUAAAACUAGUCUUCAUCAAAGGCUAGAAAGGGAUAAUCCAGUAACUCUUGCUGCUCGCGUCAAGAAGACUGAUGCUCGAGAAAUUGAGAGCUUCUACAAGCAAUACUAUGAUAAAUAUGUCAUGGCACUUAACAAGGGGGAGCAAGCUGAUAGAGCUCAGCUUGGAAAAGCUUACCAGACAGCUGGAGUGCUGUUUGAAGUGCUUUGUGCUGUUCACAAGACUGAGAAAGUUGAGGAAGUUGCUCCAGAGAUUAUGGCUGCAGCAAAUGAUGUCCAGGCUAAGAAGGAAAUUUAUGUUCCCUAUAACAUUCUACCUCUUGAUUCUGCUGGGGCAUCACAGUCCAUAAUGCAGUUUGAAGAGGUUAAAGCAGCUGUGAAUGCUUUAAAAAAUACCCAAGGCUUAUCAUGGUCCACUUCAUUUGAGCAUCAAAGGCUAAAAGCUGGGGACUUGGAUCUCCUUGAUUGGCUGAGAGCCAUGUUUGGGUUUCAGAGGGACAAUGUCAGGAACCAAAGAGAGCAUCUGAUACUACUUCUUGCAAAUAUUCAUAUAAGGCUAACCCCGAAGCCUGAGCCACAAAAUAUUCUUGACAAUCGAGCUGUUGAUGCACUCAUGCAUAAGCUUUUCAAGAACUACAAGACAUGGUGUAAAUACUUGGGAAGAAAACACAGCUUAAGGCUCCCCAAAAGUCUGCCAGAGGCACAACAGAGAAAGAUACUCUAUAUGGGUCUUUAUCUUCUUAUUUGGGGUGAAGCAGCUAACAUUCGUUUCAUGCCAGAGUGCCUAUGCUAUAUCUUCCACAAUAUGGCUUAUGAACUCCAUGGCCUCUUGGCGGGAAAUGUUAGCAUUGUCACAGGCGAAAACAUCAAACCUUCUUAUGGUGGGGAUGAUGAAUCAUUUUUGAGGAAAGUUAUAACGCCAAUUUAUCGGGUGAUUGAGAAGGAAGCAAAAAAGAGUAAAAAUGGGAAAGCCCCCCACACAAGUUGGUGCAACUAUGAUGAUUUAAAUGAAUAUUUCUGGUCAUCGAGUUGUUUUCACUUGGGUUGGCCAAUGCGCGAUGAUGCUGAAUUUUUCACAUCAACACGUGAUACUGGACAGAGGAAGAAUCAUACAGAUACUUCUGGAAAGCUGGGGAAGUCUUUCUUUGCAGAAACUAGGUCAUUUUGGCACAUUUUCAGAAGUUUUGAUCGUUUGUGGACAUUUCUAAUUCUUUCCCUUCAGAUUAUGCUUAUAAUUGCAUGGAACAAUGUUUCUGUAUUUGAUAUCUUCCAGAAGCAUGUUUUAUACGAGCUGUCUAGCAUUUUUAUCACUGCAGCCUUUCUUCGAUUGCUUCAGAGUAUGUUGGACCUUGUUCUGAACUUUCCAGGCUAUCUUAGAUGGAAGUUCACUAGUGUUUUGAGGACUCUACUGAAGUUAAUUGUUAACCUCGCCUGGAGCAUCAUCCUUCCCACAUUUUAUUUACUCCAACAAAAUAUUGAAUUUGAACCACUGAAUGAUGUGCUGAAGUACCUAAAUAAUCUUAAGGGAGUACCACCUUUGUACAUCCUAGCAGUAGUACUCUACCUGCUUCCAAAUUUAUUGACCGUAUUCUUAUUUGUCUUUCCCAUGCUCCUACGUUGGAUUGAGAAUUCCAAUUGGCUUAUUGUUAGGUUUCUCUUAUGGUGGUCACAGCCAAGGAUCUAUGUUGGAAGGGGAAUGCAUGAAAGUCAAUUUGCACUUCUACAAUACACUGUAUUCUGGGUGCUGCUUCUGUGUACAAAGUUUUCAUUCAGCUACUUUAUGAUGAUAAAACCUCUGGUGUCACCUACCAAAGAUAUAAUGCACAUUAAACAUAUUGACUAUGCUUGGCAUGAGUUCUUUCCAAAUGCUAAGUCCAACAUGGGUGCUGUCAUUGCGCUAUGGGCACCAGUUAUCUUGGUGUACUUCAUGGACAUCCAGAUUUGGUAUGCUGUAUUUUCCACUGUGUAUGGAGGGUUUAUUGGGGCCUUUGACCGUCUGGGUGAGAUUCGAACUCUUGGAAUGCUAAGGUCACGUUUUCAAUCUUUACCUGGUGCAUUCAAUACACACUUGGUGCCUUCUGACAAACCUAAACCGAAAGUGUUUUCUCUUACAAAGGCCUUUCAUAAGCCCACUGCAAAUAAAAGAGGCGAAGCUGCUAAAUUUUCCCAGCUGUGGAAUGAUGUUAUUUGCAGUUUCCGUGAAGAAGAUGUAAUAAGUGACAGGGAGAUGGACCUGCUUCUUGUUCCUCAUUCCUCUGACCCUACCUUGAAAAUAAUUCAAUGGCCUCCUUUUUUGCUUGCCGGCAAGAUUCCAAUUGCAUUGGAUAUUGCAGUUCAAGUACGAUCUAAGGAUUCUGAUCUUUGGAAGCGUGUAUGUGCUGAUGAAUGCAUGAAAUGUGCUGUAAUUGAAUGCUACGAGUCUUUUAAAACUGUUCUGAAUGCCUUGAUCGUUGGAGAGACUGAGAAAAGGAUAAUGGGAAUUAUCAUUAAAGAAACUGAAAGUAGUAUAUCAAGGAACAAUUUCCUUGCUAAUUUCAGAAUGAAACGUCUGCCUGAUCUUUGCAAGAUUUUUGUGGAAAUUGUAGAGAUAUUGAAAGACAGUCAACCUUCCCAGAAGGACAGACUUGUUCUGCUUCUGCAAGAUAUGUUAGAAGUAAUCACUCGGGACAUGAUGGUUAAUGAAAACCGUGAACUUGCUGAACUUAGUCAAGGUAGCAAGGAUUCUGGAAAACAACUUUUUGCCAAUAUCACUUUGCCUCUCCCUAAUACACCACAAUGGGAAGAACAGAUUCGACGCCUCUAUUUGCUUCUAACUGUUAAAGAAUCUGCAACUGAUGUUCCAACGAACCUUGAAGCACGUCGAAGGAUAGCAUUUUUCUCCAAUUCGCUAUUCAUGAACAUGCCACGUGCACCCCGAGUGCGAAAAAUGCUAUCAUUCAGUGUGUUUACUCCAUAUUACAGUGAGGAGACUCUCUACUCCAACAGUGAUCUUAAAAUGGAAAAUGAAGAUGGUAUUUCUAUCAUAUUUUACCUUCAAAAGAUUUAUCCAGAUGAAUGGAACAAUUUCCUGGAGCGUAUAAAUUGCGAAGAAAAUGAACUUUGGGAAAAUGAAGAAACCAUACUGCAAGUACGCCAUUGGGCUUCCUUGAGAGGGCAGACACUUAGCAGAACAGUCAGAGGGAUGAUGUACUAUAGAAGGGCUUUGAAGCUCCAGGCUUUUCUUGAUAUGGCUUCAGAAGAGGAUAUACUUAAAGGUUAUAGAAGUAUUUCAGAACCAUCAGAAGAAGAUAGAAAGAGUCAAAGGUCCACACAUUCUCAAUUAGAGGCAAUAGCUGACAUGAAAUUCACGUAUGUUGCUACCUGCCAAAUUUAUGGGAAUCAGAAACGAAGUGGAGAUCGCCGUGCAACUGACAUCUUAAAUCUCAUGGUCAACAACCCAUCUCUUCGUGUAGCAUAUAUAGACGAAGUUGAGGAAAGGGAAGGUGGUAAAAAUCAGAAGGUCUAUUACUCUGUGUUGGUAAAAGGCAUUGAUAAUCAUGAUCAGGUAAACAAUAUCUUUCAGCUCAAUAGAAUAGCAAAUUAAGUUGGUUUCAACUCGGGGAUGAUUCACUAUUACUUUUUCUGUCUAAAGGAAAUCUAUCGUAUCAAGUUGCCUGGUCCAGCAAAAUUAGGAGAAGGGAAGCCUGAAAAUCAAAACCAUGCUAUUAUUUUUACACGUGGCGAAGCUGUACAGACCAUUGAUAUGAACCAGGAUAACUAUUUGGAAGAAGCCUUUAAAAUGCGCAACCUACUUGAAGAGUUCAAUGAGGAUCACGGGGUGCGACCACCUACAAUUCUUGGUAUUCGUGAGCACAUUUUCACUGGAAGUGUAUCUUCAUUGGCUUGGUUUAUGUCAAAUCAAGAAACAAGCUUUGUCACCAUUGGACAAAGAGUUCUAGCAAGGCCUUUGAAGGUGCGCUUCCACUACGGGCAUCCUGAUGUAUUUGAUAGAAUUUUCCACAUUACACGUGGUGGCCUCAGCAAAGCGUCUCGGGGGAUUAAUCUUAGUGAGGAUAUAUUUGCAGGUUUCAAUUCAACUCUAAGACAAGGGAAUAUUACCCACCAUGAAUAUAUUCAAGUUGGGAAGGGGCGAGAUGUUGGUCUCAACCAAAUAUCACUUUUUGAAGCCAAAGUAGCAUGCGGCAAUGGGGAACAGACGCUCAGUCGUGAUAUCUACAGAUUGGGGCACCGCUUUGACUUUUUCCGCAUGUUAUCAUGUUACUAUACAACAACAGGGUUCUAUGUGAGCUCAAUGAUGGUGGUCCUUGUAGUGUAUGCAUACUUGUAUGGAAGGCUUUAUCUUAGUCUUAGUGGAGUGGAGAAGGCUAUAGCACGGUAUGCAGCCACGAGAGGAAACAAUCCUCUCACCACUGUCAUGGCAACGCAAUCGCUCGUUCAAUUAGGCUUGUUGACGGCAUUGCCCAUGAUCAUGCAAAUUGGACUUGAGAGGGGCUUUAGGAGUGCAACCGGAGAUUUGAUAAUCAUGCAGCUUCAACUUGCAUCUGUCUUCUUUACUUUCUCCCUCGGGACAAAACUCCACUACUUUGGGAGAACAAUUCUACAUGGUGGAGCUCAGUACAGAGCCACAGGGCGUGGUUUCGUCGUGAGACAUGAAAAGUUUGCUGAGAACUACAGGCUGUACUCAAGAAGCCAUUUUACCAAAGCUCUAGAAUUAACAGUCUUGCUCAUAGUAUAUGAAAUUUAUAACUCGUUCGCUUCAGAUUCCGUAGGCUACCUUUUCAUCACUUUCUCAAUAUGGUUUCUGGUGGUUUCCUGGUUGUUUGCUCCAUUUCUCUUUAAUCCCUCUGGAUUUGAAUGGCAAAAGAUCGUGGAAGACUUUGACGACUGGGCUAAGUGGAUGAAUGCUCGCGGUGGAAUCGGUGUUCCAGCAACUAAGAGUUGGGAAUCCUGGUGGGAGGAAGAGCAAGUACACCUCCAAUCCACAGGAUUCCUCGGGCGCUUCUUGGAAGUUAUCCUCGCUCUUCGAUUCUUUGUGUAUCAGUAUGGCAUUGUUUAUCAACUACAUGUUACUCAGAAUGACAAGAGUCUUGGGGUAUAUGGCUUGUCGUGGCUGGUCAUAGUUGCCGUCGUAAUCAUGUUGAAGAUUGUGUCCAUGGGAAGGAAGAAGUUCAGUGCUGAUUUCCAGCUGGUUUUCCGACUUCUGAAGCUGUUUAUGUUCAUUGCUUCCAUGGUCACACUCUUCAUCUUCAUGAAAUUCCUCGACCUCACGGUCGAAGAUAUCUUCAUUAGCCUAUUAGGCUUCUUGCUAACGGGAUGGGCUCUUAUUCAGAUAGCACAAGCAUGCAGACCAGUUGCAAAGGCAACGGGAUUAUGGGGAUCUGUUAAAGCUCUAGCAAGGGGGUACGAAUACCUUAUGUGCUUGACAAUCUUUGCACCGGUGGCGAUCUUCGCCUGGUUCCCGUUUGUCACGGAUUUCCAAACGAGGCUGCUCUUCAACCAGGCGUUCAGCAGAGGCUUGCAUAUUCAGCGCAUCCUCGCUGGUGGAAAGAAACACAAAUGAGGUAACCUAACCUAACCUCCCUCCUCAAUAGUAGUUGAUAUAUUUUGUGUGCGCCUUAGCCUUAUAUAGGUAGAAUGUGUCGUAGGAAUGCAUGCAUGCUCUACACAAGCACACUCUACAAACUCCAUCUUUGUUUACUACCAUUGUUCUUCGAUCACACUAGAUGAGCGAGAGAGGGCACAUAUACAUAGACGAUAGAUAUAAAUACAUAUAUAGAUACAUACCUAUCUGAGAGGCGAUCGAAGACAUAAUAAGUGUGUGUAUAGAUGCGAUCGGGCUUAUGGUGAGGUGAGAAACUCAGAAUAUUGGUUGAUCCUUUGUUUGCUUUGGUGUUUAGUGAAAUGGCAUGAUGUUAGCUUCAUUUUUCAAGUAUAUGGAUUAGUUGAAUGAUAGAUAUGUCAUGUUACACUGCCCUUUCCACAAAUGUAAUUCCAAUUCAGCAAACCUCUUAACUACUCUCUAUCCAUCUAUCUAUCUACUUCACCAUUACAAGACUAAAAGAAUUAGAGCUUACAUAUAUAUAUUUGUGUCUGUUUUAGGGUGCUCUUAAUUCUUAUUAUGUGUUUUUGAGAUAUUGUGGCUCUGUUUAUUGGUAAUCUCA